AUGUUUGGGCUGGACCAGUUCGAACCCCAGAUCAACAGCAGGAACGCUGGCCAGGGCGAGAGGAACUUUAACGAGACCGGACUGAGCAUGAACGCCCACUUUAAGGCCCCCGCCUUCCACACCGGGGCCCCCCCUGGCCCCGUGGACCCUGCCAUGGGCACGCUGGGCGAGCCCCCGCUCUUGGGCAUGAACAUGGAGCCCUACGGCUUCCCCGCGCGCGGCCACUCGGAGCUGCACGCCGGGGGCUUGCAGGCGCAGCCCGUGCACGGCUUCUUUGGCGGCCAGCAGCCCCACCACGGCCACCCGGGAGGCCACCACCCCCACCAGCAUCACCCACACUUCGGAGGCAACUUCGGCGGCCCGGAUCCGGGGGCCUCGUGUCUGCACGGGGGGCGCCUGCUGGGCUACGGGGGCGCAGCCGGCGGCCUGGGCAGCCAGCCGCCCUUCGCGGAGGGUUACGAGCACAUGACGGAGAGCCAGGGCCCGGAGAGCUUCGGCCCGCAGCGACCCGGAAACCUCCCGGACUUCCACAGUUCGGGCGCCUCGGGCCACGCCGUGCCCGCCCCGUGCCUGCCGCUGGACCAGAGCCCGAACCGGGCCGCCUCGUUCCACGGCCUGCCGGCCUCCAGCGCCGCCGAUUCCCACAGCCUCGAGCCGCGGAGGGUCACGAACCAAGGAGCCGUCGACUCGCUGGAAUACAAUUACCCGGGCGAGGCGUCCUCGGGACAUUUUGACAUGUUUUCCCCCUCCGAUUCCGAGGGGCAGCUGCCUCAUUACGCAGCGGGUCGCCAGGUCCCGGGGGCCGCCUUCCCGGGUGCCCCGGCCAUGCCCAGAGCCGGGGGCAUGGUGGACUUGUCCAAAAUGCACGCCCAGCCACCGCAGCAGCCGCCGGCGCAGCAGCAGCAGCAACAGCAGCAGCAGCAGCAGCAGCAGCACGGCGUGUUCUUCGAGAGGUUUGGAGGGACCCGAAAGAUGCCGGUGAACCUGGAGCCGGGGGUGGGCUCCAGGCACCCGCUGAUGCAGCCCCCGCGCUCCUCGGCCAGCAAGCUGGGCGCGCUCUCCCUGGGCUCCUUCAGCAAGCCCAGCUCCAAGGAUAACCUGUUCGGCCAGAGCUGCCUGGCCGCGCUCUCCACCGCCUGCCAGAACAUGAUCGCCAGCCUGGGGGCCCCCAACCUCAACGUGACCUUCAACAAGAAGACCCCGCCCGAGGGCAAGAGGAAACUGAGCCAGACCGAGGGCGAGGCCGCGGCGCCGGGGCCCGGCCACCCGGGCUCCGAUUACUUCCCGGGAGGGACCCCGGGGCCCGGAGGAGCCCCGCCGGGGACCGGAGGCGGCGGCGGCUCCAAAGCCUCGGGCCCGUGCAACCCGUCCAGCCAGGGGGACGGCACCAGCCUGUCCCCCAACUACACCCUGGAGUCCACGUCGGGGAACGACGGCAAGCCGGUCCCCGGGGGCGGCGGCCGGGGGCGAGGCCGCAGAAAAAGGGACAGUGGGCACGUGAGCCCGGGGACCUUCUUCGACAAGCCCACGCCCCACGAGAAGGCCCUCACGUCGCCGUCGUGGGGCAAGGGGGCCGAGCUGCUCCUGGGGGACCAGUCGGACCUCAUGGCCACCCUGGACGGCGCGGCCAAGUCGGACGGGAGCUCCCCGCCCGUGGGGGAGUUCGCCUCGGAGGAGGUGAGCACGAGCUACGCCAACGAGGACGAGGUGUCGUCCAGCUCCGACAACCCCCCGGCCCUGGCCAAGGCCGGCCGCAGCCCCCUGGUGACCGGCUCCCCUAAACUCCCGGCUCGGGGAGUGGGCGCCGGCGAGCUGGGACCGAAGGCGGCGCCGCCCGCCCUGGGCCUGGGCAUCUUGUCUACCUCUACCUCCACCCCUGACAGCUACGGCGGCGGCGGCGGGCCGGGGCACCCGGGCACCCCGGGCCUGGAGCAGGGCCGGACCCCCACCAGCAGCGGGGCGCCGCCGCCCGAGGAGGUCCACCCCCUGGAGAUCCUCCAGGCUCAGAUCCAGCUGCAGAGACAGCAGUUCAGCAUCUCCGAGGACCAGCCCCUGGGGCUCAAGGCCGGCAAGAAGGUGGAGUGCCCGGGCGUCGUCGGGGCUCCGGGGGCGCAGGGCGGAGGUGGCGGCGGCGGCGGCGACAGCUGCUGCUCCGAGGCCGUCAAGAGCGCCAUGAGCACCAUCGACCUGGACUCGCUCAUGGCGGAGCACAGCGCCACCUGGUACAUGCCGGGGGACAAGGCCCUGGUGGACGGCGCGGACGACGACAAGGCCCUGGCACCCUGGGAGAAGGCCAAACCCCAGAACCCCAACAGCAAAGAAGCCCACGACCUCACAGCCAGCAAGGCCUCAGCCCCACAGCCCGGCAGCCACUUACAGUGCCUGUCUGUCCACUGCACGGACGACGUGGGAGAGGCCAAGGCCCGUGCCCCCGUGCCCACCUGGCGGUCCCUGCACUCGGACAUCUCCAGCCGCUUCGGGACGUUCGUGGCAGCUCUGACUUGA